AUGGGGUACAAUUCUACGCAGCUGCAAGCAGAGGAUGGCCAUUGGGCUGGGGACUAUGGAGGACCGCUCUUUCUGUUGCCAGGGCUCCUCAUCGCCUGCCAUGUUGCCAGGAUCCCACUACCAGAGGAAAGCAAGAAGGAGAUGGUACGCUACUUGCACACAGUGCAGCUCCCAGAUGGAGGAUGGGGCCUGCAUGUUGAAGACAAGUCCAAGGUGUUCUCUACUGCUCUCAACUACAUUGCCAUGAGAAUCCUUGGGGUCAGUCCUGAUGAUCCAGAUUUGGUGCGGGCUCGGAACAACCUUCAUAGCAAAGGUGGUGCUGUGGGAAUCCCUUCCUGGGGUAAAUUUUGGUUGGCUGUUUUGAAUGUCUACAGCUGGGAAGGAAUGAAUACACUUUUUCCUGAGAUGUGGUUGUUUCCUUCCUGGAUGCCAGCACAUCCUUCCACUCUGUGGUGCCAUUGCCGUCAAGUUUACCUCCCCAUGGCCUACUGCUAUGGCACACGCCUGACUGCAGAAGAGGAUGAGCUUGUCCUGAGCCUGCGGCAGGAGCUUUAUGUACAAGACUAUUCCACCAUUGACUGGCCAGCACAAAGGAAUAAUAUUGCUUCGGAGGAUAUAUACACCCCACACAGCUGGCUCCUUACAGUUGCCUAUGCAAUACUGAACACCUAUGAGAAGUUCCACAGCAAGAGCCUGAGACACCGAGCCAUGGAAGUACUGUAUGAUCACAUCAAGGCUGAUGACCAGUUCACCAAGGCCAUCAGCAUUGGCCCUAUUUCUAAAACAAUUAAUAUGUUGGUGCGCUGGUAUGUGGAGGGUGACAAGUCUCCUGCCUUCCAAGAACAUAUCUCUAGAAUCCCUGACUACCUCUGGCUGGGACUUGAUGGCCUUAAAAUGCAGGGUACCAAUGGAUCACAACUUUGGGACACAGCAUUUGCUGUCCAAGCUUUCCUGGAGGCUGGUGCCCACAAGAAGCCUGAAUUUGCCUCUUGUCUGCUACACGCUCAUGAGUUCUUCAGAAUCACUCAGAUUCCAGACAACCCACCUGAUUAUGAGAAGUAUUAUCGUCAAAUGAACAAGGGUGGAUUUCCCUUCAGUACGCGUGACUGUGGCUGGAUUGUGGCUGACUGCACAGCAGAAGGGCUGAAGUCAGUGAUGCUAUUGCAGGAGAAAUGCCCUUUUAUAAAGGACCACAUUCCACCCAGCCGCCUCUUUGAUGCUGUGAAUGUGUUGCUGAACAUGCAAAAUGCUGAUGGUGGCUUUUGUACCUAUGAAACAAUGCGUGGGGGCUGGCUGCUAGAGCUACUGAAUCCUUCUGAAGUCUUUGGUGAUAUCAUGGUGGAUUAUACUUAUGUAGAAUGUACGUCAGCAGUGAUGCAAGCGCUGAAGCAUUUCCAUGAGCACUUCCCUGAACAUAGGGCACUGGAAAUCAGAGAGGUGCUCCAAAAAGGCUUGCAAUAUUGUAGGAGACGACAAAGAGCUGAUGGGUCGUGGGAAGGGUGCUGGGGUGUGUGCAUCACCUAUGGCACAUGGUUUGCGUUGGAAGCAUUUGCUUGUAUGCAGCACACCUACCAUGAUGGAGUGGCCUGUAAAGAAGUGUCCUGGGCUUGUGAGUUCUUGAUCUCCAAACAGAUGGAAGAUGGUGGUUGGGGAGAAGACUUUGAGUCUUGUGAACAGCGCAGAUACAUUCAGAGUGCCAGUUCCCAGAUCCACAACACUUGCUGGGCUCUCCUGGGGCUCAUGGCUGUUCGGUAUCCAGAUGUCAAAGUCUUGGAGAAAGGGAUCAAAGUUCUGAUUGACAAACAGCUGCCUAAUGGGGACUGGCCUCAGGAGAACAUUGCUGGAGUAUUCAACAAAACCUGUGCUAUUAGCUACACCUCCUAUCGCAACAUUUUCCCCAUCUGGACACUGGGACGCUUUUCUCGUUUAUAUUGUACUAGCCCUCUUGCUGGUAAACUCUCAACUGAGACAUUAAAGAAUGGAGAGAAGACCCUGGCUGGAGGACAGACAAAUGGGCAUAGUUUGCCAUUUGCCUCUUCCUAAGUUGGGACUUGUAACUACUAUUCCAAAGACAUGUGAAUGGGCUGUCUCCCUGAGGAUUUCAGAAAAUAAUUUCUAAAUAACAUGGCUACCAAGGGAUAACUAGAAGGCCCUGUUUCACAGAAACAGUGAGGAGGAUGAAGAGAAGGCAUGGAAAGUUUCCAGAUAAUUUAUUGUCCUCUUGGUUCUUGUUGUAGACCGGUAGAGUAUACAAGGAGGUGUUGACUCAGGAAGAGUGGGGCCAGGGAACAAGUGGCUUGCCCUCGGGCUUCGGGAGAAUAAAUAGCUGGCUACACUAUUCCACUACAUUUAUCGUUAUUUUGUAAACAGUUGUCCUUCCAUAUUCGCUAGGGUUAGAGGAACAAGACCCCCGUGAAUAUGGAAAAACCGCAAAUAACAAAAACACUGUUUUUACCUGAGAGGACACCUCUCUAGGA